AUGGCUGACCACGACACGAACCUGCGCCGUUCCAAGCGUUUACGCACCGAAAAGGCCACUCUCAAAGCCUCUCCAGCUCCAAAGAAAUCCGACCAACCUCCAAAGAGCGUCGGUCUCCCCGCCGCUGCCGGCUUCCAGAGUGACAAUCCCUACUGCAGACCUCCAUAUAAACCCAUCGAAGCUCCAGAAGGUUUUGAUGUCGCCGUCGCUGCUGGCUCCAUGACCGCCAGGCCUUACCGGUCUCAACUCAAAGAUCUCUCUAGCUCUUUUCAAACCGACCUCCUGGCCUUCGCGGCCACGCGUGAUCCCCUUAUUGCCUCCCUCGUAGGAAGGGAAUUUUCCGCCCACAAAAAGCAGGAAAUAGAUCGCGUCGCUACAACAGUCGAAUUUAAACGUACCCCAGAAGCAAAGGAAGCGCAUUCCAUGCCUCCAGACACCAAGUCCUCUCCAGUUCCAAAGGAAUCCGUCCAAACUCUUAGGUUACCCGUCGCACCUCUAGAAGACGUCGACCUCCCCGCCGUUACCGGUCCUCAUACGGCCGAUCAUUACGUAAACAAACUCGAGAGCCUUUCUAACCCUUUUCGACUCAACCUCCUCGCCUACGCCGCCGUCCGUUAUCUCCACAUCGGCUCCAUGGUAGAAGACAAAUACGCUUCCGAGAGCGAACGCCUAAAUGCCAGUGCUGGCUCUUUUAAACCCUACCUCCAACGGGCUUAUCAUCUUCUCAACGAGCGAUACGCACAUCUUCCCAGCUCCCUGCAGGUUGACCUGGCGCACGCCGUUUACUCGGAGAUUGACUCGAUAGUCAGCAAGAUUGUUGGCGAGGUCACUCGCUCGAGCUCGUUCGAGAUGAAGAAGAGCGCGUUGGAGGCGAUGAGGCAGAUACUGCAUAUUUUUUGCAAGGUCCCCGAGACGCUGAGGAGAGAGCUGAAGACGGUUUUGAAGAUGUUUACGCCGAUUGAGAUGGAAAAGCUGGGUGGACAAUGGGACACGACCAGGAAUUGUUUUGGGGGAUUUGGAGGUUGA